AUGGCUCCGCAGAGCGACCGCUCGCCGGGAGAAGGGCAGCCCUAUUUCGGAGGCUCCGAGGACGCUCCCUCCGCGCCCGGCGGCGGCUCCGCGGGCAGCCGGACCCCCUCGCCGGCCCGCAGCGCCCUGGCCCCGCGGGAGGCGGCGGUCCGCAGGAAGGGGAAGGCGCGACGGGGCCGCGGGAAGGCGCGGAGCGAGGGGCUGCUCAGCAAGCAGAAGAGAAGCCGGCGCAUGAAGGCCAACGACCGGGAGAGGAACCGCAUGCACCACCUCAACUCCGCCCUGGACGCGCUCCGCAGCGUCCUGCCCACCUUCCCCGACGACGCCAAGCUCACCAAAAUCGAGACGCUCCGCUUCGCCCACAACUACAUCUGGGCUCUCACCCAGAGCCUCCGCCUGGCCGAGCAGGACCUGCCCGAGCCCACCCCGCCGCCGCCACCGCCUCCCCCCCCCGCCGCCGCCGCCGGAGCCGCCGCCGCCCCCGGGCCCUGGGACUCGCCCUGUCCCGCCGGCCCGCCGCCCGCCGCCCUGCGCCGCGGCCCCGCCGCCUUCCCCGCCUUCCUCUGA